AGCAGAGUUUUAAUGGAAGCCAUGAACAUACCGAACCCGCCCACCCCAAGCUUUAACCUUUAGAGGUUUUUGCCCUCCAAAAAUUAUCAAUCAAUUCAAAAUAUUCAAUGGUGUUGGGAUUGUGAGUGGGGGUGGAUGAUCUUUAGGCAUCGUUAUGUUGCUUUUGAAACGUCAAGGCGCCGUUAACUUUCUCUCCACCUCGUCAAAGCUUCAAUCUUCAGGUCUCUCGAUGGCCGCGUACUACUACUGUAAAGGCUUCCACGUCCAGACCCCAAUUCCUCCGCAGCCGCAGCAGUGCUGGCCGUUGGAUCGUCUCGCGUGGCGGAUCGGGGAUCGGAGGGUUGGUGAUUUGACGGUGAAAUGUUGUGUCGGGAGUGAGAGUCAUAGAGUGAAGAGUAGUGUUGUGGAUCCGGUGAGGCUGGUGCGGAAGCAGAGUGGGUUUCUUCACGGGAGGAGUAAUGGGUUUCAUGGCCCGAGUAGCUUGGGUGGGGAUAAACUCGUGGUGGCUGUUGAUGUGGACGAGGUUUUGGGGAACUUCGUGUCGGCGCUCAACAGGUUCAUUGCGGAUCGUUACGCGGCGGAGCAUUCUGUUUCGGAGUAUCAUGUGUAUGAGUUCUUUAAGAUAUGGAAUUGUUCACGCGAUGAAGCCGAUCUUCGUGUUCACGAGUUCUUCAAAACAUCAUAUUUCAAGAAUGGAAUCCACCCACUCCCAGGUGCUAAGGAGACUCUUCAUAAGUUAUCAGGAUUUUGUAACCUGUCUGUCGUCACGUCUCGGCAGAAUGCAAUCAAGGACCAUACAAUUCAAUGGAUUGAAAGUCAUUUUCCAGGACUAUUUCAGGAGAUUCACUUUGGGAACCACUUUGCUCUACAUGGAGAGUCAAAACCGAAGUCAGAAAUAUGCAGGUCUCUAGGAGCAAAGGUUCUGAUUGAUGACAACCCAAGAUAUGCACUUGAAUGUGCGGAAGUUGGGAUGAGGGUUCUACUUUUUGAUUAUGAGAACUCAUAUCCUUGGUGCAAGACUGAUUCUGUCGAUCUACAUCCCCUAGUGACCAGGGUUCAUAACUGGGAAGCUGUGGAGAAGCAAUUAAUGGCAUGGGUUACUUCGUAGGUUUUUCUGACACCUUACAAGAUUGAUCACUAGGUUGUCAUGAUACAUUGAGCUCGUUCUAUUGCUUGACAGGCACCUCAUGGAAAAUAACAAACCUAUACUGAUCUUGGUUAAGAAACUUUAUGAAGUACAUGCAAAUAGGUUUGUUUAUUUUCUGGUGAAAACUGUCGUAGGAGAAUGAUGAGGGGGAAGACAAAUGUUCCCCUCUUCUGAGUUGCAGAAAAACUAGUUCUCAGAUUGCUACUUAUGAUGGAAGGCACACUUGUGGCAUUGCCAGAUAACUCGAUGCAAUUGGUCUAAGCCAGAACUUGUUUCUGUUCCUUAUCUUUUUACAUUUAGGAAGAGAGUAGAGGUUAGAGGAGAACUCGAAAGAAAUGUAUAUAUGGACGAUGACCAAAUUGAUUCAAAGAAUUUCAUUCAUGUGAUGUCAA